ACUGUGUGAACUGUGAAAAUCUAUGUGUAAUCUGCAAUUAUAAAAAAACCACCUAUAAAUGCUCUGCAAUUAUGAAAAAAAAAUAUGUCACCGUAAAAUUUUAAAUACGGAGACAUAUAUAUAUAUAAUAGCAAUGAGGCAUGAUCUAAAUACUUUGAUGUUCAUUUAGUAUAUUUUCAAUUUUCUCUUGUAAUAAAGGAAAAGAUGAUGCUAUGUGUAUCCCGUACUACACGUUUAGUCCGAUUAAUAACAAAUACAUCUUCAAAAUAUCGGUGCAAAGCAGAUGAUGUUUCAGCGUCAUUUGGAAGCAGAAUUAAAACAGGACCAGGGUUAAAAGAUUUUAUAAUAACAUCUGAAACUGAAAUUGUUACUCAUCCACCAUACAUACCUUAUUUGCCUGAUUUUAUUCAGGAUACGUCAAAACGAAAAGUUUUCUUUGAUGUAUAUGGGUGUCAGAUGAAUUUAAACGACACCGAAAUUGUUUGGUCAAUUUUAAAGAAAGAGGGGUUUGAAAAAACUGUUGUCGAAGAGGACGCUGAUAUAUUCCUUGUAAUGACGUGUGCUAUCCGAGAGGGAGCUGAGACUAAGAUAUGGCACCGAUUAGAUCAUUUAAGAGGUUUUAAAAGAAGACGAGCACUUUCAAAGAAUAGAGAUAAACCUGUAAAGAUUGGCAUUUUAGGUUGUAUGGCUGAAAGACUAAAAGAGAAGUUAAUUGAGAAAGAAAAGGCUGUUGAUGUUGUGGCAGGUCCUGACAGCUACAGAGACUUACCAAGACUUCUAGCACUCACAGAAAACGGACAAACAGCUGUAAAUGUACUGCUUUCUCUUGAUGAAACAUAUGCUGAUGUUGUUCCAGUAAGGUUAAACAAGGAUAGCGUGUCAGCUUUUAUUUCAAUAAUGCGAGGUUGUGAUAACAUGUGUACAUACUGUAUAGUUCCUUUCACUAGAGGUCGAGAAAGGUCUCGUCCAAUAGAUUCCAUUGUAGAAGAAGUUAGACAAUUGUCAGAACAAGGAGUGAAGGAGGUGACUCUUUUGGGUCAAAAUGUGAACAGUUAUAGAGACACCACACAGCAAACUGAAAAAUAUGACACACAAUUGGCUAAAGGUUUCAAAACAGUGUACAAAAAAAAGAAAGGAGGGCUACGCUUUGCAGAUUUGUUGGACAAAGUGUCGUCUGUGGACUCUGAGAUGAGGAUACGGUUCACUGCAGCUCAUCCCAAAGAUUUUCCUGAUGAGGUGUUACAAGUUAUACGAGAGCGUCCAAACAUCUGUAAGAUGUUGCAUCUACCGGCUCAGUCUGGUUCCAGCAGUGUGCUGGAGCGAAUGCGGCGAGGCUACACGAGGGAGGCUUAUCUUUCCUUAGUGAGACAUGUCCGGGAAAAUAUACAGGGUGUGGGCCUCUCGACGGACAUGAUCUGUGGCUUCUGUGGUGAAACAGAUGAGGAGUUCGAAGAAACGUUAACGCUCAUGGAAGAAGUGGAUUAUAAUGUCGCUUUCCUCUUUCCCUACAGCAUGAGAGAGAAAACGGCCGCUCACCGUCGAUACGAAGACGACGUCCCCGAACGUACAAAGAGAGACCGCCAUAACAGGAUGGUCGAACUCUAUCGGCGGAAAUGUGAGGAAAUAAAUAGAAAGGAAAUCGGCAACGCUCACCUCGUCUUGGUCGAAGGGAUCGCGCCGAAGUCGGGGAAGAUAUUGGGCAGAAACGAGUUUUACCUCAAAGUGCUGUUCGAUCAGAGAGCGAUCCCCUCGAGCGAGGGCGAGAGGGAGGUGAAGCCGGGGGAUUACGUCAGCGUUAGAAUAGAUGCGGCGAAAGCGUCGCUUUUCCACGGCGAGGCCCUUUGUCAUAGCAGUAUUGAGGAGUUCUAUAGGAACGCGAGUUGGGCAGCGAGACGGAACAUGUAGUUUCUACGAGUCAAUUAUAUCUUGUAUAUUAUUCACUAGGGUAGAAAUCUUUUUAAUAAUCGUCCCGUGUAUAGUAUAAUUCAUGUUUCAUUUUUCUUUAUGGACAAGUAGGUCAUAUCACUAACUUUCUGUGUUUGAGUGUGUAUUUGUAUAAGAGUGUAUAUAUUAAAUAAAUAGAAAUCAAUAUUUUUACUGGAGUUGAAUUGAGAAUCUUUCGCUUAAACACCAGUCUAAUACAGCUCUUAACAAUGUUCUAUUCGAGGACAAAUAAGGAUAAUAUAUAUUUUAUCUCAAAAAACAUCCAUAAAAUGGAAAGCUUCUGUUUAGUGAUUUUGUAUAUAGGUUAAUAGAUGUACAUUAAAGUGGUCUGAUUGUUUGAA